UUCGCUCCCGACCCUCUCCCUCCCCCGGUUUUGCGGGCGGGGUGGUGCUGUUCGCUCGGGUGGGCGGCUGGGGAAGGGGGGGCGGAGAGGCCGGCUUGGCCUCGCCUGCCUGCCUGCCUGCCUGCCUGCCUGCCUCGGACGGUGCAAGGGCUGCAAGGUGGCGGCGCGCUUCGUCAGGCUGCAGCUGGGCUCGGGAGGUGCUUUUUGAUGGUUCCAGUUGGAGGUUUCUGCUGGUAGCUGGUGCCCAUCCGAACCUUCCCCUUUCCUUUCCUUUCCUACCUUUCCUCUCCCCUCCCCUCCCCUCCCCCCAAUCUGAUUUCCCCCCUUCCCCCACACACCUGUUGUGUACUUGCACACACUAAUGACAGCGUGGAUCGUCCUCCCCAUUAGCCUCUCUACCUUCUCGAUUACUGGAAUAUGGAUUGUGUAUGCCAUGGCAGUGAUGAAUCACCACGUAUGCCCUGUUGAGAACUGGUCCUACAAUGAGUCCUGUUCUUCAGAACCUGCCAAGCAUGGCUCCCCAAAAACCUGCUGCACCUUGGAGGAUAUCCCUUUGAUCAGUAAAUGUGGCACUUACCCUCCUGAAAGUUGCCUCUUCAGCCUUAUUGGAAAUGUUGGGGCUUUCAUGGUGGUGGUGAUCUGUUGCCUGCGCUAUGGGCAGCUGAUAGAGCAGAGUCACAACUCCUGGGUGAACACCACAGCACUGAUUACAGGCUGUACCAACGCUGCAGGCUUGGUCGUGGUUGGCAAUUUCCAGGUGGACUAUGCCAAAUCUCUUCAUUACAUCGGAGCUGGUGUUGCCUUUCCAGCCGGCCUGCUCUUUGUCUGCCUUCAGUGCGUCCUCACCUAUCAUGUUGCGGUCUCUGCCCUGGACUUCUGGAUGGCGCAUCUCCGCGUCUUCCUUACUACUGUGGCCUUAAUCUCCCUUGUCCUCAGUGGCAUCUUCUUCAUCCACGAGAGCUUCCACCUGCAGCAUCUGGCUGCCAUCUGCGAAUGGCUCUUUGUCAUCGACAUCCUGGUCUUCUACGGCACUUUCACCUACGAGUUCGGUGCCGUCUCCAACGACACUUUGGUGGCUGCGCUGCAGCAUGCGAACAGCAGGGGGUGCAAGUCCCCAGGGAGCAGCAGCACCUCCACACACCUUAACUGUAACCCUGAGAGCAUUGCCAUGAUAUGAGGGAGAGGCAGGGGAAGGCUUUCUUGGAGUCAGCUGCCUGUCUUUCCUGCUCCUUUUUUCUCCCAGUGGGGGAAGAGGGGCAUCUUCUGGUGGAUUUUUGUACCAAAAGAGGGGGGUUUUUUUUCAUUAAGAAAAAGUAUUACUGCUGCCAACGGUUCCUUCACCCCUUCCCUCAGAGUGCCACUGCCCAGCUGGGAGCCAGAGCCUGUUUGUAUUUAGGUGCUGGAAGGGAGAUGUGCUGCAAAACAGCAGGCCUCUCAAGGUCCCCAGCUACAGCUUGGAUGAUGGCAACCUUCCCUUCCCAUCUUUGCUGGGCAUUGCUAUGGUAACUAUCAUAGGCAUGUCUGCCCAGAAGUCCCGCUUAUUGGGGCUUACUGCCAGGGAGGGAUCGUGGCCUCAGCUUUUUACUGCCCCUUGGAGCUAGCAAUCCAGUGCCAAAGGGAAACUGCUGUUUCCAGUCUCAUUAUAAACAGUGCCUGAUUCCAGUUUCCCAGAGAGCAGGGGCCAGAUUUUGGCCACCUAGGCUUUGGGGUUGCUAUUUGGGUGCCUGUAAUGAUGGCUGCUCAUGAGAAUAUGAUUGGGUCUCACUGCCACUCCCCACUUACCUACCUUCUCAGUGUAAGUACAGGACAUAACCAAGCUGCUACAGGAAUGCAGGAGAUGCAUAUAGUUCUAAUGGCAAAGGCUGCUCACGCUCAGUUUGGGUGGGCGCCACAUCCCCAGCAUAUGGGAAAUAGUUAUGUUUCCUACCAACACACAAACCACGAUGCCUCACACACUGCACCUGGAGUAAAGACAAGGGACAAGGCGGGGCCGUGCCACAAGCAGAAGGACAGACCCUCCCUCUCGCAAAACUGUGUCAUAUCCUGUAUUUCCUGGCCUCUCCCAUAGCGGGUUGCCAACUGGGAUGGGCAAUAAGAAUGCUUCUGGUCCUCGGCCUCACGUGUCUGAGCCUUUUUGUUUGGGUGAAAUGUUCGGAUAUUUUUUAGAACUUUUUUAUAUAUCUCUAUAUAAAAUGUGUAUAAAGAGAAUUGUAUCAGA